AUGGAGCCUAGUCAGUGGACGCAUUUCGCAUCUUCGAGAGGCGCCGGAGAUCCCGCUGUUCGUAGGAGCUAUUUGCGUAGACUUCUUGAUGAUACAAAGAUGCCUAGGCUGAAUGCCAUUCUGAAGAACGAGUCCUCAGCUGAAACGCUAAGAUAUUUCGCCAAGAGAAAUAAAAGGAAGCCUCAGAGGCUGCAGCAUUAG